CCACAUUCGUGUUACGAUUCAGUAUCAAUCAACGCUUUGAGUUCCUCAGAAGUCACAUCACUAUUCACGCGUUGUUUCAAUUUAAAAAAUGUCUGAACGAGAGUAUCCUAAGAUUUGGAGUGAAUUUGAGCGCACAGUUGAAGGGAAGGGAGUAUUAAAAUUUGUUAUCGAGGAUGUACCGGAGUCAAUGUGGGACGCGGCAGUUGAAUUUAUGCUGGGUAAUUACGUCGAAGAGGAUGUUUGGUGGUCUACAGCCGGUACGGCCCAGGACCAAGAAGCUAUAGAAGAAUACCGAGUUUUAUGGAAUUCAAUAAUAAAACAGAAGUUGAGUUUGGCGUGCUUUUUGGUGCAAGAUGACGGCGAGAAGAUCCUCGUGGGAGUUAAUAUGUGUAGGAUUCAGGAGCAGGGACAGUUUGUGGAACACAAGCCACCCAAAACAAAGGCCGGUCUGUUGUCGCUGCGUAUGUUCGCUGAGGCCAUGAAAGUGACAACGAUUCAUGAGAAAUACGAUGUGUCGGCUUAUCUCAUGGGAGCUGGUCUCUCCGUCGCCACUCAAUACAGAGGGCUUGGUAUUUCUGUUGAGCUGCUCAAAUGUAGAAUGUUACUUGCAAAGGAAGUCGGACUUAUUGUAACCGGAGGUAUAUUCACAAGCGCCGCAGCUCAACGCGUUGCAGAAAAGGCGGGAAUGGAAUGCUUACACCAACUUUCCUAUAAAGACUUCGGUGAGCAAUGUGAAAUCGAUUUUAACACCAGUACAGAGAACUUAAAAGUAUUCGGCAAAAGAAUCGAAUAGGAUUACAAAAACAUUAAAUCUUCUGUGAAACAGCUCGUGUAUUAAAUGCGUUCUUUUAGUAUUUCUCUUUUUACGAUGUCAUAUUCCAGAAUGGUUUUAUUCCAUGUUUAUGUUUCUGAGCCACACUUUGUUAUGAAAUUGUCACUUAUAAUGCUUUCAAGUUAGCACCUACAAAUAAACACUUUUAUAAUAAAA